UUGGAUCUAAGUGGAAAAGGACUCUCCAGGUUACCUGAUGCAGUCACUGAACUGACUGAAGUGGAGGAACUUAGGCUGGAUGACAAUAACCUGACUGAAUUACCAACAUGUAUUAACAAGCUGAAAAAUCUUGUCAGACUCCACUUGCAUAGAAACAGACUCACAGAACUGCCUUCUGAGAUUGGUGACUUGAAGAAGCUGAGGAGUCUGGAUGUGAGUUUCAACCAGUUGGUUAGUUUACCUACCAGUAUAAAGAAGCUGAACCGGCUUGAGGAGCUGCACUUGUCUGCUAACAAACUUACAGAACUGCCUUCUGAGAUUGGUGACUUAAAGGAGCUGAGGAGUCUGGAUGUGACAAACAACCAGUUGGUUAGUUUACCUACCAGUAUACAAAAGCUGAACCAGCUUGAGGAGCUGAACUUGAGAGAUAACAAACUUACAGAACUUCCUUCUGAGAUUGGUGACUUAAAGGAGCUGAGGAGCCUGCAUGUGAGUUACAACCAGUUGGUUAGUUUACCUACUAGUAUACAGAAGCUGAACCAGCUUCAAGGGCAGCACUUGUCUGGUAACAAACUUACAGAACUGCCAUCUGAGAUUGGUGACUUAAAGGAGCUGAGGUGGCUGGAUGUGAGUGACAACCAGUUGGUUAGUUUACCUACCAGUAUACAGAAGCUGAACCAGCUUGAGGAGCUGCACUUGUCUGGUAACAAACUUACAGAACUGCCAUCUGAGAUUGGUGACUUAAAGGAGCUGUGGAGUCUGAAUGUGAGUAACAACCAGUUGGUUAGUUUACCUACCAGUAUACAGAAGCUGAACCGGCUUGAGGAGCUGUACUUGUCUGGUAACAAACUUACAGAACUUCCCUCUGAGAUUGGUGACUUAAAGGAGCUGAGGGUGCUGGAUGUGAGUAUCAACCAGUUGGUUGGUUUACCUACCAGUAUACAGAAGCUGAAACAGCUUCAGCAGCUGCUUUUGAUUGGGAUCAAACUUACAGAAUUGCCAUCUGAGAUUGGUGACUUAAAGAAGCUGAGGAGGCUGAAUGUGAGUUAUAACCAGUUGGUUAGUUUACCUACCAGUAUACAGAAGCUGAACCAGCUUGAGGAGCUGCACUUGUCUGGUAACAAACUUACAGAACUGCCUUCUGAGAUUGGUGACUUAAAGGAGCUGAGGAGGCUGACUGUGAGUGGUAAUCCUUUGACUUCUGAUGCAAAACAUUUUCUUGAGACGAAGAUAAAAGGAAUGACCGGUACGUUUAUUAAAGGUGAAGUUGUCGUUGAGUCACUAGAAUGGUACUUUUGUUAUUUCUCACUACGCGGAGCAUAAGUGAGGAACGUCCGAAAUUUAAUUUUUUGGGACACUCCUUGAAAAUAGUUUUGUUCAUCUAAGUAAAUAUUUGAAAUGAAUACAUGAAACAAAAAUCAUUUUUACUUAAUAAGGAAAUGUCAUUCUUUUUCUCAACAAAAACGUUAUGAGUUUUCCUACAUUCUCCCCGCCCCCCCCCCGCCCCCCCUCCCCCCCCUCUGUCUACUGAUGACCUCUGUUUAUUGCCCAGUUUACAAGAGGAAGGGAAAAACAUUAUUUCUCUAAUUUCUGAACAAAGUUUUUUUCGAUCAAAGCUGUAACAAGAUGUAAAUAUUUUACCCGAUACCUUUUAGUAUUGCAAGCAAAUUGAAACGUGCACUUGAGAAAAAUAGUACUUUUUUACAGUUACUUUUCGCCGUUGAUUUUCUUUUAAUUUCACUGGGGCGUUGUUAAGUGAGAGCUUUUUAAUAGCUUGUAUUUUUUUAAGUUUUACAGUCUGUUAUCGAGUAGCGGAACAACGAUUAUUGGUUUUCAAAAGCAGGUCUCGAGUGGUUAGCGGUUAAUUUACCGACAUAACUGUCCCCAGAUAACUUAGCGUGAUCUGAUAUGUUUUCCAGCAAAAGAGACUUCUUCGAAUGGGCUACUUAGUAAUUACUCAGUGGCACCCAACGACGGUUUCCUCCUACAUACAUUGAACACACUUUCUAGGCUAUCCAGAGUACUCUUUGAUCUUUAGAAAUAAAUUCCAAUCGGCGCUACAGAAUUUGAAUCUGUUCGGUCAUCCUAGGGCAACUUAAGUCUUUUCGAAAUUCGAGGGCUUCAGUAUUAUUUCAGAUGUAAUUUUAAGUUUUACGAAAGUAAGAAUUUGUCUAAUUCCUCUCUCCAUCAUAUGUUCGAAUCCGAAAAUUUUCGGUUCGAUCCCUUUUUCUACGAAAAAUAUCUUAACCUGAGGGGUGAAAUGCGCAAAAUUAAACUUUACAAAAUUUUAGGGAAUUUAUUAGGUAUAAGCCGCUUCGAAAAUUGUAAGUGAAUGGAGUGAAGAAAUUUUUAGCCUUCCUCAAGCUAUAAAAAAUUUUAGGUAAUUUUUGCUUCUCCAAACAAAUAUUUUACAGAAAACAAUCAUUGGGUGCUCCUGAUUAUUGAAAGAGGUUGAGUAUGAUAUGAAGAAUUUUGCAGAUCGAGGAGGAUUUUAGAUGGAUAACAACCUACGAGAUUUGCGGAAUUCUUAACGUCAUAUGAAAGCCACUCCUAAUUUCGGGCUGACGUACCGUAUGAAUGUCUAAUUACCACCUUACGUGAGCAGAUACAAGCUGAGUUAUUUUGAAUGUAACAACUUCUCAGUGACUUCUUCUGUGGCACCCUGGUCUAAGGGGGAGGGGGACCUCCGGAUUUCAAGUUACAGAGAUGCUCGAAUGCGGACAAAAAUCAACCUUCCCUCCCUGAAAAAAAAUCCGUUGGGUUUCUAACAAAACGCAAAAAAUCCCUGCACAAAAAUUACCCCCCCGAAAAAAUCCCAUGCCGAAUAUCAACGAAAGCCUUCUCGCCAUCAACACUCGAGACACCCAAGAACAUCUUCUGUUUCAUCACUAACUUUAUGCAGAAUGACAACUUCAGAUUGUUUCGAAUACGCAAAAAAAAUCCCCACGUAAAUCAAGAUUUUCCUAACAAAAAAAUACCAGAAUCGAAAAUUUCAAACCCAAAAAGCUCCUACGAUCAUCCCCGUCAAAUGAAAUCCGGAGUACCCCCCUUGGACCCAGUUAUUUAAGUCGUUAGAGAGAAAAAGUAUUUGCCAAUGUUCAGUGAAGUUUUUCAAAGCUUCCAUUUUUCCGCUUGAUAUCAUUUGAAAUCGUUAAAAGGUAUCGAGAGCGAAAAACCCAAAGUAUUCCGAUCAAGCAAAAUUUGUACCAUUUAAGGUGAUAUUCGAACGUUCUGUUUCAUUUCUCAGAGGGGCUGUCCAAACUUGGUGCCCCGCCAGGAACCACGGCAUGGGUACCGUGAGUACCCGAUAUGCAACUGUGAACAUAGUUACUCCAUUUCUCCUUGUCAGACGCCAUUAAAAACGUGAGCUUUGCAACGAUUACAAAGCGGUGGACUGUCACAGAACUAGUAACUACUGUGUGCACACAGGGACCCGGUGUCCACUUUUGUGCCCGAGUACAAGUUGUCGACCUUGUACUCUGGCACCGGUACCGUGUCCGAAUUCUAGCGUGGGUACUCUUGAAAAAAGAGUGUGUUCACAUUAGUGCCCAGCGAGUACCGUACUUGGGCACCAAGUGUGCUAGUCUGCUACACAGCCGUUUUUAGUGUCGUCACGCAACGCUCCUCCCCACUAACGGCUGCUGAAAACCGAACUACAUUCCUUUCCCUUGAUUAGCCAAUUAUAAUUCAGCUCCCAUUUUCUGGAAAGUGUUCGCGCCACCUUUGCGGUACUGAGACUCCUCCAAUCACAGCUUUGCUUUUAUCGUUGCCCCAUGUGUGAAUGACAUAAUAAUCAAAAUCGUCGCGUGAAAACAAGCAAUUAACCACAGCGUUGUCGUAGUCGAGUCGUAUUCAAAAUUUAGGAGAUGAGCAGCAACAGCAAGCAAGUCGGGCAAAUUGCGAUUCACAACAUGGAUGUGCUCAUAAAGUUGCCAGGUAUAGUUUCGGGAAAUCGCUCAUAGAUAAUUUAUAAGACUGCUUUUUGAAUCAGUACACUUGAGAGUUUAGUCUUCACAGAACACAAUGAGCACAUCCGGUACAUUAAAUUCUUCACUACAUAUCAGCACAUAUGCACGUUAAAUGAAGAACCAACCGAUCCUGGUAAAAGUUUUCUAGGCCUAUCAAACCUUUUUUUCACUUGGAACUUUCUUGACCGCUUAAAACAAACUUUUUUUCAAAUUAACCUUUUCGUUGCUUGAAAACACAGAGCCCGUCUAAAUUCAGCGACGAUUGAUUGAUUUGUCGAAAACUGAGAAGCGUGCUCGCUUCCUCGCUUCCUCGCUUCCUGCGGCUCACGUAUUGUCAAAUUUCUUGUACAUGAUUGGUUUGUUCGUUAGACCACAAACACAAAGGGAAAGGAAUGUAGGUCGGUUUUCAGCAGCCGUUAGUGGGGAGGAGCGUUGCGUGACGACACUAAAAACGGCUGUGUAGCAGACUACAAGUGUGCACGCUGCAUUACUUUUCCGCGUGCAUUAAAGGAAAUAGGACACGUCUGCCGGCACGCAGGCCAUUUGUUCCAUUGAUGUCGAAUUCGGCUUUUAAUAAAACAGAAUAGAUUUUUUUGUCGGCGUAAAAAGCUUUCUGGUAUACUGUAUCCGUAGAUAUACAGACACCUUCAGGUUUAUCCUGAUUUGUCUUAUCAUCAUUGCUUCUUAUGUUCUGCAAGUAGGAAUGAGGAUGCUUUCGUUGGAACAAACAGCUGACGCUGGAAUGUUUUGGAAUGCUGGCGAAGAGGAAGAAGUGGUCAAGACAGUGUUACCUAUGAAAGCCGCUAAAGGUGAGGUUGUAGUAGAGCCUGAAGAUGAAACUGAACUUGAAGACGAUGCUAAUUUCCCUCUCUGGAGAGCGAUUUUCAAGCCGUUGCGUUUUAGUGAGAGUUUAUAUUCUGACAUGAGUUUAUCUGUAGACGGAAGGACUAAUUCCACGAAAGAUGCUUUUUUAAAGAGCUGAAAAAGGUGUCUGCUCUCGCAGGCUUGGAUACGAGUGGACGGGGCCUAAUGUUUUUAAUGUCUUUUAUUUUUGGGGUUGAGUGCACCGAGUGCACUCUAUAUCUACAAAACAAGUUUUGCGUAAAGGGCAAAAAGUCUAUAUUUUAACCGGCGUUUUGAAUUUCCAGCGUGUGCGAAACUUGUUAGGAUUACCAUUACGAAUGAUCAUCGCAGUAAAAUUUCCAAUUUAAGAAAUUGGAAAGAAGAAGCCUAAAAAAAAAAAUUCUGGCUUCAACGGGAUUCGAACGCGUGACCUCCGCGUUACUGGUGCGUUGCUCUACCAAUUGAGCUAUGAAGCCACACAUUGGGAGAGAGGUGAAUUUAUUGACUUCAUAUCUCCCGUGAGGAGUGAAAUGAUGUGAAGCAUAUAUUCCGCGUGCAACAAAGGAAAUAGGACACGUCUGCCCGGCACGCAGGCUAUUUGUUCCAUUGAUGUUGAACUCCGCUUUUAAUAAAACAGAACAGUUUUCUUGUGUUGGCAUAAAAAGCUUUUUGGUAUACCGUAUACGUAGACAUAGAGACAUCUUCAGGUUUAUCCUAAUUGGCCUUAUUAUUGCAUCUUAUGUUCCGCAAGGAGGAAAGAGUACGGCUUCGUUCGAACAAACUGCUGAAACUGGAAUGCUUUCAAAUGCUGGCAAAGAUACAGAAGUGGUCGAGACAGUGUUACCUUUAAAAGGCACUGAAGAAGAGGGUGUUGUAGAGCCUGAAGAGGAAACUGAAGUUGAAGACAAUACUUAUUGCAACGAAAGCAGUGUCAUCAAAAGGUAAGUACCGUUUAAGUUUACUGGAACCUCUGAUGGCGGCAACAGCAGUGAAAAGUUACUUACCGUAACAGUAAGCAUAAUCAUACAUCGUAGACGAGCAUCCGACUGAACGUCGCAGUCAAAGUUUGCUAAAGGUUCUGUUUUUUCAAUAGCAUAUUGUUUGAAAUCCGACAACGACAGACUUUGUUUAGUUUCUUUGCUCAACGCUAAGGGUAGAGCAUCCUAAUUUUGGAGGAUAAAAGCAGCUAAGAGUUGCUGUUAAAUAAUAUAGUUAACAUUAUAUGAUAUUUAUAUUCUAGUACGACGAUUUUUUUUUGUCUUGAAAUCGUCAUAAAGAUGAAGACUAGCAUUGACCUCUGCACUGCGUGAAAAAAAAAACAUUAUUGUCCAGUCUCUGUCCCCAUCCGCCCAAAAAGCUUUACUUAUUAUAUUCUCCAUUUAUUGUAGAUUUUACUCGAACAUUGAACUAGUGAAAGCUGUGUUUUGAAAACAACCGACCAUUAAAAUUUUAACUCAUUGCAGAGAAAUAGUGACCCGUGAGGGUACCCGCUGGGCCAUCAAACUAGGGGCUGUCAAUCUUAUAUUCCAUCCAAAUGCUGUGUCUGAGCCUACGUCAAUAGCGGUGUACAGAUGGAAAUCCAGUGUCUGCUCACCUUCACUACAAGAACACGAGGCCCUUGUCAGCAAUGUUAUUGAACUAUCUUCUCUCGAUGGCCGACGCCUGCAAUUCAAUGCCAUGGUGACUUUGUCGCUUUCUCACAGCGCACCGGACCUACGGGGCUACGAAGUGGUGAUAAAACGGCAGAUCAACAAGGAGACCAAUGAAUGGGAAGACGUGAGUGGAACCAAGGACUUACGCUGUCGCCAAGGUAUAGAAAAGUUCUCUAUGUAGUAGAUUCGUAGCAACUAUAGAUAACCGUUUGGUAGAUCCUGUUUCCUUAAGCAGGAGGCGGUGUACGUCUUGUUUUCUUUUUUUGAGAUAGUGUUCAUAUCAAGUGUUGCAGUUGCGAUUGCGCUCUCGAUCUGAAUCUGGUUUCCAGUCUUGAUUUCUAUAACGUCAGUCUUUUUUAGGUGGCAAAGGAAGUAAAAAAAAAAUGGAUAAUUAUUAUGAUAAUUACAUUUUACUUGUAUUUUUUGUCGGUAACAGACAUCAAAGAUGAGCGCCCUUCUCACAAGGAUGUACCAGACCUUUUAUUCCCCGUUGCUCAAGCUGACAUAAAUGAGUGCUCAACAUAUGCAGUGGUUUGCCGUCUCAAAUCUUCUCCGCCUUACACCAUCACAUCUACUGGCGGUUUAUUCAUUCAUCCUGAUUAUCCAGGCGUGACGGUGACAAUCCCCGAGAAUGCUGUUGCACCCGAGUCACCGUUUACCCUGGAGUUAAAGGUUGGUGCAUGUGAUUCAAAAGGUCCAUUUAUAAAGAAAGUAUCAUCAUAAAGGCUUAUUAAAGUGAUACGGUUUUUUUAAAAAUGAGGAUCUAAUAAUGACCAGUCUAGAGGGCUUGACUGAAAAAUCGUUUACUGAAUAUUUGUAGAGAUCUUUUUGUUACUUAAAUUACCUUAGCUUUUUAUUUAUCGUAUGGGGAAUUCACGUCAAUUUUAAAGCCUAAAGAAUACAUGAAAUUAACUGCUGAUGAUUACCCUUUUAAAUCGUACAGGUGCAAGAAGUUCCAAAUAAAGAAUUUGAAGAGGAAGGUGUAUUUCUUGGACCUAUUCUGCGAAUUAAAUGCUUUGAGGUUGUCCAGUUCUUUAGGCCUGUAUUCAUUCAGCUACCAGUUUCUCUUCGCGACCGGCAAGACUUUAAUCCAGAUCCCACUAAAUGCCAUGUGAGAGUGUUGUUCCUGAAUUGCGAGGAGGAAAAAAUGGAGUGGACUGAACUCACUGAUCUGGUGAAACCUGCACAGUUUGACGGGAGUUUUGUUAGGAUCCAGGUCCAACGAUUUUCUGGGUAAAGACGCUAAAAAAAUCAUUUAGUUAUUUAGAAUAGAUGGACGUUUUUAAAAGCCACUGCUUAACGGAUCCAACAGUGGUAAGUGUUAGUCCUACUUCAUUCAACAUUGUUGGACGCAGCAUGUUAGAUCUGUUUUGUGGUGUUUCGAUAUAGUUUUUCAGAGGCUAUACCGAUAUUUUUCAAUCGCUUUAAAAGUGAUUUUAUUCUCGUCUGAUCGCUAUAACAUUUUCAUCAAUGAUUGACUAUAGCUUGAAAUUUGUUAAAAUGUAGGUUUUAGUAAAAUCGAUAUCACUAUGACAACAAUAAACAAAAAACUUUGAAAUUGAUAAACGCCUAGUUUUGCGCGAUCUAGACCAGCUACUGAAAAUCCAGCACCAGGAACUUAAAGUUUGGUGUUUAGCAAAUAACCUCUGAAAGAAGUAAAAAAUUCUGUAUGUUUGAAUUCGACUAAAACGAAAAGAUAUUUCACACCUUAAAUUUUCAAUAGCCGUGAUAGAUUAUUUAGUAAAACCGUUAGAAAUGACUCAAAUUACUCUUAAGUAGCGUCAGAAUGCUGCUUAAUAUCAUAUUUCGAUGCUAAUUUUGCUAUUUUUUCCAAAUUAAUGCAAACAAUACGUAUAUCCAUGACUAGUGCGUUUCAGUGUGAGUAUUGUCAAUGUUUUACAUUCAAAAGAUGCGAUAAAUUCAAACUUAAAUGUACUAGUCAUGGAGGUAUGUGUAGUGCGCAAUAAUAAACAAUUAUUGGAUGAGGUUUUUGUGAUUUCAGCCCACUAACCGAGACCUUGAUUAUUCCGGAUAUCACAAAAACCGAAUCUAAUAAUUGUUUAUUAUACUUUAUCUUCAAGUAAUUUCUCAAUUUCUUGCUGGGUCGAUGAGGCGAAUCGAGAAGCCAUUCUUACUUCGCUGUCCGCGAACUUGACAUUGCUGUCCGUGCACUUGACAUUUAUCUUGGAAAUCAUGCAUUGCGCGCGCAACCUACAGAUUAUUCACUAAUCUGUAGGUACAGAUUAGUGAAUAAUCUGUAGGUUGCGCUGUUUCCCAGAAUUAACUGUAGGCUUUUAGCCAAUGAGAAGACAGAUGGUGACUGCAAUGUAUAAUAAUUUGGGAAAAUGAGCAUAACGUCAAAACAGUGAAUGUUGUAACGCUGAUUUUUGACAGGUUCGUAGGAUAGGUUUGUCUUGAAAUUUUAAGAUGUUGCAGUGAAUCAAUCUCAAUGAAAGUUUCAGACCUUUUUAUAUACAUCAUGAAAAUUAUGUGGAAAGAUUUUUAAAAAAAUCGUUCGCGUCGUCUCAGAGAUAUACAAAAAAGGGCUAAAAAUCCAAAUUUUGAAUGACGUUGCGCUUAUACAGGUGGUGAGAAAACGGGUUAGUUUUUAAGAUCCCAAGAACGAAAAUACACCAAAAUUUCCUACCAACGAACUUAGAUAUUAAGCAGCAUUCUGACGCUACUUAAGAAUAAUAUGAGUCAUUUAUAACGUUUUUAUCAAAUAAUCUAUCACGGCUAUUGAAAAUUUAAGGUUUGAAAUAUAUUUUCGUUUUAGUCGAAUUCAAACAUACAGAAUUUUUUACUUCUUACGGAGAUUGUUUGCUAAACACCAAACUUUAAGUUCCUAGUGUUGGAUUUUCAGUAGCUGGUCUAGAUCACACAAAAUUCGGCUUUUAUCAGUUUCAAAGUUUUUUUGUUUAUUGUUGUCAUAGUAAUAUCGAUUCUACUUAAAACUACAUUUUUACAAAUUUCCAUCUAUAGCCAAUUACUGGUGAAAAUUUGUGUAGCGAUCGGACGAGGAAAAAACCACUUUUAAUGCGAUUGAAAAAUAUCGGUAUGGCCUCUGAAAAACUGUAUCGAAACACCUUAUGGUGUUGGAUGCUGUUGGUAUGGCCUCUGAAAAACUGUAUCGAAACACCUUAUAGUGUUGGAUGCUGUUGGAUCAAGUUUGAGAUCGCCUAUCCACAGACGUUUUCUCUUCGACAGCGCGCGCCUGUUUUCUCCUUUCCCCACCUCUACCCCAAACCCGUUGAGCUUGAACACAAUAGAUUCACCUGCGUUUUUUAUUUCCAUGUGUGAGCUCGACGAUCUACAAAGAGAAAAUCGAUGGUCUGUGUACAGGCUCGGUUCUCGUGAGUUAAACCUGUAAACUGGUAUGCGAAGGACCGUGUCGCAAAAUGGAUGAAACAAAGGCUUUAUCAGUUUCCCGUUUUCGCAAAAUAAUAAGCUCAGAAUUUAAAUUCCCCAUGCAACAUAUUGGACAGUUUUACGUUUAGGGUUUUGGAUUUGUUAGGGAGCUCAGUUUAAUAAGGAGUAGGUGUUUAGGUAUUCUGGAAAAUGCAUCCAGGAAGUUGCCAAAAAUGACAGUUUUUCUUUUAAAACUUUAUUUCUUAUGCUCUAUCCUACUCAGGAUAGAUAUUACUCAGGUGGUUUGCACAAAAUUGAAACUCAAACAAUAUUUUCCAAGUCUUCUCACUCUAGUGGUGGAAAAGAGGUUGACGGCUCAUGCACAAAGUGCUUACUGGCUUUUUUUUCACUCAACACAUUAAGAUAAGCUCUUUCUAGUUUCCCUUUUCAAAUGUACUCGCACUUCUUUUGGUAGUUUAAUCGUUAUAUCAGACGGCGAUUACGUAGCACUGCUUAAAUUUUAUCUGUGUCAUUUAAAGGGUCAUAGCAACUCCCUUUACUCUGGUUCUCACUCUUUAAUUUUUGGUUCUUCCAGAUAUUCAUAUCUUCUCGACUGGCGUCCAGAAAACUCCAGUGUUGAAAGUCUUGGAAUUAUUAGGUACAUUUGUUACUUGACCAGAUUCAUAUGGAAGCCGCCCAGACGAGCAAGUUUCGUUGCUUACUUUCGUCCGGAUAUUCCAAACAUUUUGAGGCUUAUUUGUUGUCAUAGUCACCUUACAAAAGCGGUAAUACACGAUCUUCAAGGAAAAAAAGUAACGUAUGCUGAUGGCAGUUCGAGACACGAUAUGAUACCAGGAGAGGACAAAGCAUUUGUUUUUGUAUCAGGAGGAAUAUGUCCAUUCGAUGAUCAGGACGUGAAUGACGUUUUCCUCAGGUAA